CCAGCACGAGAAAUCGCGAGGAUUGCUAGUUUUUCUACUAACAUGGCGGCGUCAGGAAGCUGUGAGAAGAAAGUGAACGGUUCUGACUCACCAAAAUCACAAAAGCCUCCGCUAAAUCGAGAAGGUUCCUCCGAGAAAGGCAAAUGGGUGAAGUUAAAUGUCGGCGGAACGUACUUUUUGACGACUACGACGACGUUGUGUCGUGAGCCCGACUCGUUUUUGUUCCGAUUGUGUCAAGAAGAUCCCGACUUGCAUUCUGACAAGGAUGAGCAGGGUGCGUACUUGAUAGACCGAGAUCCCACCUACUUUGGUCCGGUUCUGAACUACCUGAGACACGGCAAGCUCGUCAUCAACAAAGACCUCGCAGAGGAGGGGGUUCUUGAGGAGGCAGAGUUCUACAACAUUCGCUCCCUCAUCAAAGCAUGUAAAGACAGAAUCCGAGAAAGGGACGUCAGAAGGAGUCAGGCGCCGGUGAAGUAUGUGUACCGAGUCCUGCAGUGCCAUGAGGACGAACUGACACAGAUGGUCUCCACUAUGUCCGACGGCUGGAAGUUCGAACAGUUGAUCAACAUUGGAUCAUCGUACAACUAUGGCAACGAAGACCAGGCAGAGUUUCUGUGCGUGGUGUCACGUGAAUACGACAACACAUUGAACGGGGUGGUAGAGACACAGACAGACACCGAGAAAGUCAAGGAGUUGCGAGAGAGGGGUUCCAGAAUGUAGUCCCGUGGAACAUCGUGAGAAGUUUAUGAUCUGCCAAACACAUUCAACAAAGCCUCAAGAGGAGUACCUCUCCGUUCAACCCCCCCCCCCCCUGCUUCACAUGUACACAGUUCUGUAAAUCUUGUAGAAAAAAAAUAAUAUCAAGGGGAUUUGAAGCUAUUUGCAGCAGAAAGUGGUUUGGAUGUGAUGUCGGUUUAGAUAUUAUGAUGUGUAUGUGUACGACUGUAUCGUUUCUAUACUAUAUAUAUAUAUAAUCAUUGAAAUGCUUGUCGUCAUGAUUUAUUGAAAUUGUGCUUUUAUGAGCUGUACAAAUAACACUGUGCUAAAAUGGGACCCUUGUGAGCUUUUCUGUUUUUCAAGAGCCUUAACUUAAGCCUUUUUAGAGGAGAAAGUGUUGUUUUACAGUUUUGCAGUUGACUUUCUCCAGAAAGUUUGUGUAGCACACCCAGACUACAAGCAUUGUGAUUACUAGACUAAGUAUGAUAAUUAAUAUGCCACAUGUUUGUGAGUUAUUACAUUGUAUCUACUUAUUUUUCUCACUAGCAUAGUACGUUUGGGCAGUUGAUGUGAUCAGAGAGGACUUUAUCAAUCUUUGAAUGACAGGCAGCGAGCUACAGUCCAUACUUCUGUACAGUGAACUCAUACAAUGUUACUCAUAUAUGAAACAAUGUUGCAUUUAACGGAUAAUUUGCCUUGCGGAGAACUGACUGCAGACCUUAGUCUGUGUCCUAAUGAAGUAGCAUUUAUUCAGUACCAAAUGUGAUGAAUAUUGUCUCUGAGGAGUUAGAUAUAUGGUGUGCCAUCAAUGGCCUUCAAGCCAUCGUGUUUUGAUGUUUUCUGUAAAAAAAAUGGUCUAGAAACAUAACUAAAGGUUCCUUGUGGACACCUGAAGAAAGGAGUGCCCCUUUAGCCAGCUUAGUUUGUAUGGCAGUGUUAGUACGGCAUGUUCUUUCUUACCGUAGUUAUGUCCCAGUCUCCUUGCAGAGUGAGAUUUUUGUAAACGUAACCAUGGAUUCUCCUACGAAGAGUCCAUAUGUGACGAGAGAUUGGGCAACGUAAUAUAUUGUGGACAAAUUUCUUCUGGUAAUGUUAAAACUUGAUGGCAUCAUUGAAAGUAGGUCUAAAUUAAGGGACAACUUGUAUUGUGUACAAGAGGUUGUUUGUUAUGAUACGUGUAUGGAUGUUGAGAAAUUUACUGGUAUGAGUGGGUGAGUAUUUUGAAUGAAUGUAUUGUUUUGUGCCCAUAUGUAUCAACCAAUGCAGUGAUAUGUGUCUAUAUGUUUGAGUGUAUAUGUGUGUGUGUGAGUGUGAAUGAAACAAUUCAUAUUCCCUACAUCGAUUUAUUCUGAGAAUUGCAAUUCCUGUUCCACUUAUGCUCUACUUUGUGUUUGUUGGUUUGUUUUUUUUUUGGUCAUGAUUUGUGAAUGUUGCAACAGCCAUACCUAAGACAUUAUAUGUGUACAGCAGCAGCAUUAUGCUGAUAGCGAGAAACUGUGCUAACGAAUAUGGUUGUUUGUUGUUUUGUCUUUUUGCUGUUUGUAAGCUUACACAAAUGUUUUAAGGAUAGCCUUGUCUAUCCCCAUGGGAUAAGCCACGUCUAUGGAUAGAAUCACUGCCUGUUUUCUUGGUACCAGUCUCUUGUAACCCAGACCCAGCUUGUAUUUCCAAAGCAGCUUUCCUGAUAAACCAGUCUGUGUACUCCAGCUACAGCCAAAAAGCUGUUAGCCAAUCAGCUACAGCCCUGGCCAGCUGUUAGCCAAUCAGCUACAGCCCUGACCAGCUUUUAGCCAAUCAAGCUACAGCCCUGGCCAGCUUUUAACCAAUCAGCUGCUCUGUCUCAUUUCCAUCCUUCUGGGCAAUAUGGAGUACCUGAUUGGCUAAAGCUCCCAAAAGGGCAGACUGCACACUGGUUUACCAGGCACGAGUUAGGCCAGGGUGGCUUUGUGUGAUCGCUAGAUAUUUUUGGUCACUCUUCUUACUACUUCUUACUUAAAAAAGCAGCUUUGUCAACUUUGGAACUUGAGUAUCUGAAGGAGCUUGUUUUCUAAAUUAUUCACUCUAUUUUAAAAUCUAACUCCUCUGACAACACUUAACGUUGCAUGGUCUAAUAGAAAGGUUCUUAUAAGUAGGUUAGAAUUCCUGUAAAAUUUUGGCUCAAGCAAGAUUUAGUACUUGCCUACAUGUAUGUGAUUUUUCCUCUGUUAAACAGAUAUUAAUGAUGUUUGUUACGUAUGCUGAUAGCUAUUGAUAUGAACUUGUUUGUAUUGUUGUUAUGACAUUUUAACCUAUUCAUUCUCAAUGUGAGAUUCAAAAUGGGGGAGACGACAAAGUUUAAAAUGUUUUUCACUUGUUAGGCUUACAUGUAUGCUUGUGCAGCUUGGAUGUGAAUGGAUUAAGAUAUCUCUCUUAGAAUAGGAACAAAUGAAAAUUGUAUUUUGAUGUGUUACUUGAUAUCCAUUUUGUAAUUCAUGUGCAAUUCACAGUCAUUAUAAUAGAGUCACAGGAUUCAUGUAAUACUAUGUAGAAACACGAUUAAUGAAAAAAAA